UAUUAUCGUGGUAAUUGCCCGACAAACGAAGAGUACCUUCUCUGCGGUUCAGCAUGCCAGCAAAACUGCAGCGACCUCAAUCCGGGAAACUGCACGGAUUGUAUUGAGGGAUGCUUCUGCAUGACUGGUUACUUAAGAGAUGAGAACGGGACUUGCGUUACUGCGGGGAAAUGUGGUACAAAUAUAUCUUGCGGUGAGAACGAAGAAUUUCUACCAUGUGGAAGCGCUUGCCCUGCCACGUGUGCUGUACCGGAGCCAGAAGUGUGUGGCCUUACGUGCAGCAUGGGUUGCUUUUGUAAGGAGGGCUUCUACCGGGAUGAGGUCAGCCAUAUGUGUGUGACAAUGGACAAUUGCUCUACCGUUGACAUGUGCUUCAACGCUAACGAAGUUUACGACAUAUGCAACGCGACCUGCGAGCCAACUUGUGCCCAACCGGAACCAAUAUGUGCCAAGGUCUGCAAAUCGGGCUGCAUUUGCUCGCCAGGACUCCUGCGCAGUCCUGAAGGAGAGUGUGUCAGUGUCGAAAAGUGUCCUCCUUCCAACGGGACCAAACCUGACGUGUUGAACAAAUAUCUCACUACUAUCAACAAGAUACUACAUUUGACUGCUGUUUAA